AUGUAUUCCUUAGAAAACUUGAUACCAAGAUACCUAAAAUGAAAAUUAUGUAUAUCAAGAAAAAUUAUUAUGCAGGCGACUUCAUUAAACGAGAGGAAAGAAAAAAAGAAAAUCAUAUUUUGGAGUGAAUAUUAGUGAAUGAAAAAGAAGAUUAAGAACUGCAUAAUCUCUCUAAACAAAAAGAUGUUCCAAGAGUUCCUUAAAAGCGUUUGUGGUGAGACAACAGCAGCCAUCAUCGUGAUAGUUGUUGUUACCGUCUGCAUUUAUUACUACAAAAGGAAUAAAGGUUUGCCUCCGGGACCCGUGUCUUUCCCCUUUUUCGGUUACUCCCUCAUCCUGAAAGAUGACACUUGUCACCGGACACUGGAAAGAUUGCAAAAGAAAUACGGUGAUGUAUUCAGUUUCACUUUUGCCGGUACUCUGUACAUCAACAUGGGAAGUAUGAAGGCCGUUCAAGAAUUUCAUUUAACCCAUGCAGAAUGCUUUCAGCGAAGCAACGAUUUUUCAAUUAUCUCAUAUUUCUUCAACAGUGGCGUCAGUGUUGCCAAUGGUGAACCAUGGAAAGUCAUGAGGAAGUUCGCGUUGCAACAACUGAGGGAGUACGGAAUGACCACCGUUAAGGACAACAUGAGUGAACCUUUAUACGAUUCCAUCCAGGAGACCAUCGGCUUCUUGAAGGCAAAGAAGGGUGAAUCAGUGGAAAUGGUGCAGCACCUGACCAACAAAUGCAACGCGAUACUCCGCUCCACCAUGUUUGGCCAAUCUGGAAUCACAGAAGAGCAGGUGAAAGAAAUAAACGAAGCGUACGCUCACAUUGUUGCAUUCAUGUCAAUCACCAACUUUUUCUACAAUGGAUUUCUUACAAGGUUUAUUUUCCCUCUUAAACCUGGAUAUUGGACAGCGAUGAAGAAUUACAAAAUCAUAAAGAGAACAUUGGAGAGCGUCGUCAACGAACACAAAUCCAUGUUCAAUAAAGAUGAGCAUCCAAAAAAUUUUAUUGACGCUUACCUCAAAGAAAGGAACGACAGGCAUUGCAAAGGGGAUCCAACAGCAAAAUACUUCACCGAUAAGGCUUUGGUUGGUACCCUGAUUCAGUUUGUGAGUGACGGAGUCCUUAGCGUAGCUCUGUUUAUUGCAAUUUUCAUGAAGCAUGUAGUGGACCACCAGGACCAUCAGGAUAAAAUCUAUGCCGAAAUAGUGGAGGUCGUGGGAAGGGGAAGAGCUCCGACUAUUGAAGAUAAAAGUAAACUCCCAUAUACUACAGCCUACAUGCACGAAAUACUGCGUACUUUUGAAAUCUUCUCUGUAGUGCCUGGCCAGCAAUGCACCAAGGAGACUGUCAUCAGAGGAUACAGGAUUCCCAAAGGUGCAAUGACUCUUGUGAACAUGUGGACCUGCCAUAAUGAUCCAGAGAUCUACCCAGAACCCGAGAAGUUCAAUCCAUCCCGAUUCAUGUGUGAAGACAAGAGCAAGAGACCUGAUCUUCCCAUCAAUUUUGGAGUUGGUAGGCGAUCAUGUAUUGGAGAAGGUUAUACGAUGUCUCAGAUAUUUCUUUUUCUGACUACAAUCAUCCAGAAUUUUAAAUUGACCUACCCUGAAGGUUCUGAAAUUGGAAAUUAUGAGUUUCUUUUGAGUGGAAAAUUGGAUAUUUGUGCCAUCCCAAGAAACGAAGAAAAAUAGGGGGGGGGGNG